CUGAUCUUGAAUAACAUCAGAAUGAAGGUUAUCAUUCCACUGCUUUGCUUGCUGUCUGCUGUUUUAGCCGAGCCACCUGUUGACAGUUAUUCGUUAUCGAGAUCAUCCCACCACGACCACGACCAUGGCGACGACGAAUUCCAAAGAUCUCUGUCUCAAGAGUACGGGGUACCUCAAACCGGCUCUUUCCGAAAUACCCCUUCAACAGAAUACGGCCCCCCAAGCGCCAAAUCUUCAUUAAACUAUCUUCCAUCUUCGGGAAGGGCGUCCCAGGAAUACGGUCUACCUAGCCGUAGUCUAUCCCAAGAGUAUGGAGCGCCUAAAUCUCGAUCAAAUCUCAAACUUUCCCAAGACUACGGUCUACCUAACGCUCGUGCCAAUUCAAAACCAUCUCAAGUUUACGGUGCUCCUAAUCCUCGUGGCUCUCCGUCUCUGGAAUAUGGACCUCCCCAAGACUUUUCCGGGGCGAACGUUGACUCUUAUGCAGUGGAACAUGCACCGUCAUCUCAAUAUGGUACCCCUGAAGUACGUACACCUUCCGAAAAUUACGGCGUGCCUCAAAGAAACCAUGACCAUCGCUCUCAGAAACAAGCCCGCAACCAAGCGUUAUCUCGCAAAUAUGGUGUGCCUUCAGGCCGUUCGAACGACGUUUCUCAAAGUUACGGUGCUCCAAAGAACUCUUUCAAAUCUUUCGCCGCCAGGAAUUCACCUUCUCAAAGCUACGGCGCCCCUAAAUCAGGACAGUUAGAUGCUCCGUCCACUUCGUACGGAGUACCUAGUGCUUCUCAAGGAUUCAAAUCAUUGUCUUCAACGUACGGUACACCGAGUCAGAGAGGCUUGUCAGAGACAUAUGGAACUCCUUCCGCCAGGGGACUGUCUCAAGAAUACGGAGCUCCCACUGAUUCUGAUCUGAAGACUAAGGCUAUUGCAUCUACUUAUGCAUCUGGCAGAGCAUCGCCUUCCCAUGUCUAUGGAGUACCAUCAGCGCGCGACUCCAUGCCAUCAGACCAGUACGGUGUGCCGGAACAAUAUUCGGCCCUAAACGACCAGAGCUAUGAAUACGCCAGAGCCGCUUUGGAAGAACUGAAUCAGGAACCGGCCAACUACGAUUUCGCUUACAAAGUAAACGAUUAUGUCAGCGGCAGUGACUUCGGACACGCGGAGUCGAGACAAGAGAAUCGGGCCGAAGGAACGUAUUUCGUGGUACUCCCAGAUGGCACUAAACAGGUGGUAGAGUACGAAGCUGAUGAGCGCGGCUUCAAGCCCAGGAUCUCAGUGGAACCGGUCGAAACCGACCUUGGCUAUGACGACAACGCAUCAGAUUUGACCAAAUCUGAGAACGGUCCUUAUUAGACUUAUUAUCAUUAGACUAAUAACAUUCGUUCGUUAUCAGCGCUUGGCGAAUGGAACGUGGUGAUGAAUUGUAACGAAAUUAA